UCGCUUUUCAAUUGACCGAUAGCUACCUAUUUCCAACUCCUCUUCUCCCACCUCCCAGCGCGAUGCCAUCAGCAACUUCACCUUCUCCGUCGCGAUACAGUCGGCCAUCAGAUUCACAGGCCGCGGCGGAUGCCAUACCCAUUCUUAUCGAUGGCGAAUACCAUAUCUUCCAUCUGAGUACACCUCCAAACACAAUCCGACAUCCGCCGCGAUUACGGUCCACAUGGUCUCGAAUGCGCUCGCACGAUCUUUUAUCGUGGAAUCGCGACAGUGUAGAAGCCCUGUAUCCCGGGAAAACAAAGGAUAGUCCAGAUGCUGACGGAGCAUGGACUGGAUCAGCAAUCAUUGGACCAGAUGGGAACAUGCAUCUGUUCUACACCGGAUACAAUCUUGCUCAUGGAGGGAAGCAGGUCAUUAUUCACGCACGCUCAAACGAUAGGCAAGGGUCGGCCUUUUACAAAUCGCCUUCGAUCAUUUCUAUAUCCGGCGAUAUGUCCCAGUUCGAAGACAUUGAUUUCCGCGAUGCACAUGUUUCGUGGAAUGAAUGUGAGGGUCGCUUUUGGAUGCUGGUUGCAACUAGGCUCAAGAAUGGGCCAUUCUGGACACGCGGAUGCCUCGCACUCCUAACUUCCGUUGAUUUGGAAGAUUGGGCGAUUGAAAGGGAACCCUUUUAUGCGCCAAAUGACAUGUUCUGCCCCGAGUGCCCCGAAAUUUUUUCGCUGCCGAACGGAAGAUGGUAUCUAGUGUACUCAAGGUUCCAUGCGCCAGAUGCUGGAACAGUUUACAGGAUGGCAGAUACACCAAGGGGACCAUUUCGAGUACCGCGCGACGGCUCUGGCGGUCGCCUAGAUGCUCGGAGAUGGUAUGCUGCCAAAUCGUGCCCAAAAGCUGGAGAUUCGUCCAAGCGCGUGUCCUUUGGCUGGAUAGCGGACAAAUUGGAUGGACAAUGGUCUUGGGGUGGAGAUUUGGCCAUCCCAAGAGAAGUAUCUGCCGACGAGUCUGGUUGUCUCAUUAUUAAACCGAGUCCAAUUCUCCUUGAAUCUACUUUCCGACAUAGAGUGGAAGGGUCACAGAUCCCCCCAGAAAUUGAAAUGAAGAGUGUCGGCACCACUAAGACACGCUAUCUUCCAGUGGAGGACCCAGAUUACUGCCUGAAGUUCAACAUUGCCUCCCACGAUGCUGCUAGUUUUGGACUUCUGUUCCGUACUGACAAAGAUAUGAAAGGCUAUCGACUUCGCUUCGUCCCUAUAAGAUCGGGUCUAUACGACAUCAGCUUGAUGAUCUGUCCCCCGCCACUAGAUGACUUCUGGGCUGACCAGUACGCACUGCAUCUUCCACGAGAGGUAGAUGGUCCAGAGUUUGCACGACACGCGGCAAUCGAUAUUCGCGGUUCUGUCGUCGUCGUAUCUAAAUCGGGCGUGCUGCAAAUAUUUGUGGGUGGAAAAUCUCUGAGUUUCCGGCUCACAAACGAAGAUAUUGCGGGAGAUGAUGAAUGUGAUACAAAGAACAAGAAUCAUGUCAACGGGAAUGGGCUAAGCUCAGCUCAACCCGCCCAAAAAACAACCGAUACACGGGAACUUGGGUUUUAUGUACAGGAUGGCGCACUCUCUUUGGCAGACAUACAACUUUGUGGCAAUGCAGCUCUGGUUUGA